UGGCCCUAACUGGCCCUGGGUGGUUUAUCUCCACCGUCGGUGGGUGGAUGUGUGAAUGAAUGAUUGUAAGUCGCUUUGAAUAAAAGCGUCAGAUAACUACAAAUGUAAAUGAACAGGCAUGUACGUGUUGCCACAUGUCCAGGAGCUACUACAUUAUGUGCAUGAUGGCCAUCACGUUCCUCAACCUGAUCGGCAUCCCCAUGGAGAUCGCCUUCCUGGACGGGGCGAAUGGCCUGGGCUGGGAACGCUUCAACGUCUUCUCUGACACGCUCUUCCUCAUCGACGUGGCGCUCAACUUUCGCAUGGGCAUCAUCCCAGAGGACAGCGAGGUCGCCAUUUUGGACCUCAAGCAGAUCCGGAUAAGCUAUUUGAGGAGUUGGUUCAUACCAGAUGUGAUCGCAGCAUUCCCCAUCGGAUACAUCCUCUUCUUUGCGGACUUACAGUACAAUAAUGAGGACAACCCCUCCAAGGCAAACAGAAUGAUGAGAAUCCUCAUGUUUGUUCGGAUCCUCAGCCUCAUACGUCUGGUGCGGGUGUCUCGACUUGUGCGCUUCUUCAACGAAGUGGAGAAAGUGUCCAACGCUAACCUUGAGGUGGUGCGGCUCUUCUUCCGUAUCCUGUCCCUGUUCAUGAUGAUCUUCCUACUCUGCCACUGGAACGGCUGCAUCCAGUACUUUGUCCCAAUGCUGGAAGAGUUCCCCGCUGACUGCUGGGUCCGCAAGGAGAACCUCAUGAAUGCCACGGUGAGCGUGAAAUACUCUUGGGGGGUGUUCCGUGCUCUGUCCCAGAUGAUCGCCCUCUCCUAUGGCUCUAUGGAUGCCCCUACAAACUAUGUGGAGUUGUGGAUUGUGAUGGUCAGUAUGAUCUCCGGCUGCAUGAUGUACACGGUGCUGGUGGCCAACGCUACGACCAUGAUAGCCAACACAGACCCCACCGCCAAGGAGUACAAGAGCAAGAUGUGCCGUUUAGAACACUACAUGACCUUCAUGAAGCUACCCCCUGAGCUGCAGCUGCGGAUCAGCAAGUACUACCAGGCGCGCUACGGGGGGAAGUGGUUUGAUGAGAACGACGUCAUCGACACGGUCUCCUCUGCGCUGAAGGAGGAGAUGCUGCUGGCCAUGUGCAGCCGGCUGCUGAAGAAGGUGCCCAUGUUCCAGGACCAGGACGCCCACUUCAUCAACGCUGUGCUGCUCAAGCUCAGCUACGAGGUGUUUCUUGAGGGGGACGUGAUCGCCCGGGAGAACGCGCCCGGAGACCGCAUGUUUUUCAUCGACCACGGGGAGGUGGGCCUGGAGGCCGGUUCCUUCCAGAAGGACCUCUGCGAUGGGGACUACUUUGGAGAGAUCUGUGUGCUGACCAAGGGAAAGCAUCUGGCCACAGCGCGGGCGUUGACCGACUGCCAGUGCUUCUCUCUGUCCUGGCAGGGCUUCCAGCAGGCCCUGGUCGGCUUCCCCGACGUCCGCAAAGACCUGGAGAAGCUGGUCCAGCUACAGGCCGACCAGUGCUCCAACGGGGUGUAGGAGCCCGGGAACACAGAGGAACAGAGCUCUACUGAAUCAACUCGGGUACAAAGACAGCUGCUGGUGGAUGGACUCUUUUUUUCAAGUAUAGGAACACUUGGUUUUAUACAAGAGCUCAAGUAUAAAGUAUAUUUUAAAUGGUUUUAUACUCAGAGUUGAAGGACAUGAAAUAUAUUGUACAAGUAUACAAUUGUAAUCAGUGUAAACCAGGGAUUACUGGUACUAGUAUCCUAACUAUGUGAAUGUAUUGUUGAAAUUAUUUUUAUAAGAGCCAUAUAUUGAUAUUAUUUUGCAAACAUAUCCACGCGUCGGAGAGUGGAAUGCAGGUCUUCUGCUUGGAUUAUAAGAAUGUCUUUUUCGCAACAGUAACUUUCCGUCUACAGUAUACAGCUUUGACUCCUGGCUCAUUGCCAUAAUGUGUGGUGAUUUUAUGAUGAUGUUGAACAGUUUUAAGUUUCAAGCGGUGAAUAACAU